AUGUCAAGAUUUAAUGGCACUAUCCUCUAUGAUGUCCAACAGAUGGGUGUGUUCAGGUGCUACUAUCCACAUCAUAUAGAGGUGCAAAAUGAAUUAGCAACACUGGCAGUCUUGGAACAUAUCCCUCAUGGGUAUAGGGAGAUUACUGUAGUCUUAUCAUUACAGGCCUAUCAGAAUGUGGGAGCCAAGAUACAAGAGGACCUAUCAGAAGCACCGGUGAUCAUAGGGGUGAAGCAGGUGCCCAUUGAUCAGCUUAUACCCAACAGAACGUACUGUUUCUUCUCUCACACUAUUAAAGCCCAGGAAGCCAACAUGCCGCUCCUUGAUGCUAUUUUAGAGAAGAACAUCCGGCUGCUGGACUACGAGCGUAUGUGUGACAGGCAAGGGCAGCGUGUGGUGGCGUUCGGCAAGUAUGCUGGAGUUGCUGGCAUGAUCAACAUUCUUAAUGGACUUGGUCUUCGUCUCCUAGCACUUGGGCAUCACACACCCUUCAUGCACAUUGGACCCGCUCAUAACUACCGAAACACGGAGAUGGCAAGACAGUCGAUUCGUGACACUGGCUAUGAAAUUUCACUGGGCAUGAUGCCCAAAUCCAUCGGUCCUCUGACGUUCAUCUUCACUGGCACUGGGAACGUGUCACAGGGGGCCCAGGAGAUAGUUCAGGAGCUGCCCUAUGAGUAUGUCUCUGUGAAGGCAUUGAAGAAAGUCGCUGAACAUGGAGCGACCAACAAGAUUUAUUGUUGUGAGGUGAGCCGUCGUGACCACUUGGUUCGUAAAGACAGUGGACAGUACGAUGCUGUUGAAUACGAAGAACAUCCUGAGAGAUAUAUCUCUGUCUUUGCUCAUAAGGUGGCGCCAUAUGCCACGGUGAUCGUCAAUGGUAUAUACUGGGCAGUGAACUCACCCAAACUUCUGACCAUUCCUGAUGCCAAGUACCUCCUACAGCCUGUAUACACUCCCUGGCUCCCUACCAGUGCUUUUAUAACCAGCGGUGGCCGACUAACUCCGAAUUUUGAAUAUAUUGCUGAUCUUCGAGCCCAGAACAGAGCCACGAGUAAAUCUGCGUUGGACACUGUGAGGAGGGAACACAAGGUGCUGGUGCUGGGUGCUGGUUAUGUCUCAGCUCCCCUGGUGGAAUACCUCUCCAGGGAUCCUAAUACUGGCAUUAUUGUUGCUUCGGGGCUCCAGGACGAGGCGGAUGCUCUGGCUGUCAAACACCACAAUGUGGAGUCUGUGCUUCUGGAUGUAGUAGAGCGUCCAGAUCUUCUGGAAGACUUGGUAAAGAGUGCGGAUGUUGUGGUGUCGCUGCUGCCGUACUCUCUCCAUCAUGAGGUUGCCAAACACUGCAUACAACAGAAGACCAACAUGGUGACAGCGUCAUACUGCACGCCGGCCAUGAUGGAGCUCAAAGAGGCUGCAAUCAAUGCUGGGAUCACUGUGGUCAACGAAGUGGGUCUCGACCCCGGCAUUGACCAUCUUCUAGCUAUGGAAUGCUUCGAAGAGGUUCAACGAGGAGGUGGAAAGAUCGACUCAUUUGUAUCUUACUGUGGAGGGCUGCCAGCUCCAGAGUUCUCUGACAACCCUCUACGUUAUAAGUUCUCUUGGAGUCCACAAGGUGUUCUUCUCAAUACUCUGUCUGGCGCCAAGUACAUUGAAAAUGGAGAGGUCAUAGAAAUUCCUCCCGGAGGUAGACUGCUGGAGGAGACUAAAGAGUUUACAUUCCUGCCGGGUCUGGCACUUGAGGGCUUCCCGAACCGGGACUCCACGAUCUACCGAAGCCUGUACGGCAUCCUGGAGGCUAAGACUGUUCUUAGAGGUACCCUCCGCUUCCGAGGCUUCUCUGACGUCGUCAAGAGCCUUCAGAAGAUCGGACUGAUUGAUCCUGAGCCUCACCCAAUGUUGCAUCGAGGAGGACCUGAUAUUACCUGGAGACAAUUGGUGUGUAAUCUGCUAGGUCAACUAGACUCUAACAUCUUCUAUGACAACUUGAGAGCGCUGGUGUUGGAGAGAGUCGGGUCUGAGGUGCAGCUUAACAGCAUCGAAGCUCUGGGCUUACUGAAGGACGACCAGGUUCACAAGGACAACACUCCCCUUGAUACUCUCUCAAACUACCUCUCCAAGCGCCUUGACUUUGGACCUGGCGAGCGAGAUUUAGUCGUUCUCCGCCACGAGAUUGGCAUCACUUGGCCCGACGGCAGGCAGGAGCUCAAAGGAAUCAAUCUGGUGUCGUAUGGUGAAGCUAACGGGUAUUCAGCCAUGGCGAAGACUGUGGGCUACCCCGCAGCUAUCACCACCAGGAUGGUUUUGGAUGGAGAAAUCCAGGGCCACGGCAUAAUACUGCCAUUCACCCGUGAUAUAUACAAGCCGCUCAUCACAAGACUGCAGAACGAGGGCAUAACAGCCUCUGAAAAGUCCACUUGGCUCUAAACAAUGAUCAUUUAGAAGUGUAAAGAAGUUUUUGUUACGGUGGACAAUGGGGAAAGACGACAAGUGGAAAUUAAAAUUCUGGUAGCAGAGAAUCUUUUUACUGCAAUGUUUUGGCUGUGGCUGGGCUUAUCACACUUCAUAAAGCCCGGCUUUAGUCUUGGACUGUAUUGUGCUUGAUAAAGCCAAGUCUUAACUUUA